GCCUAGACCGUGAGAGAGUAGUGAGGUGGCCCCUCCCUCAUUCUGGACUCCUCACUGUGCUACCUCCUCGCCCUCCCUCACAUUCUCCUCGCUGCACGUGUGCCACAACGCUCCUGGCACUCAGGUAAUCACACGGGCGGCAUUAAAGAACGCUGCUGAAGGUUACUGUCCCUCACAAGUGCAGUAGCAACUGCACCAUCCUCAGCAGCGUCACAGUCUUAACGUAACUAGCACGUCACAGCUUGGCCGAGUCACCUGGUGGCUCAGCAACACACUUAAGUGUCACCAUAGUCGGAGACAGGAAGAAUUGUUUGCUUAUCGAGGUCUCCCCCGUGCCACAUCCCAGCGCCACAUCCCAGCGCCACAUCCCAACGCCACAUCCCAGGGCCACGUGUUAGCACAACACCCCAACGCCACAUACCAUCACAGGAGUCCCACAUCAUCCCACCAGGCUACAAAACUCCCGAAGGGGGCAAAACAAAGCGCUACAAAACGUACCCACAUUACCACUUAGCAACUAAAUAUAUAUACAAAUAUAUAUAGAGAAUCUCAGCAGACAGUGGCCCCGUACCCAAUCUCUUACCCCCUCUCCCCCCACCACACUCCCCCAAUGCCGCCCCCACACACACCCAAGAACACACACCUGUAGUAGCCUAGCUCCGGCAGCCAUUUGUAAACUUGGCAGUGUGAUCAGGAUAGCGCAGUGUCGCUCUGAUGAAUCAAGGAAGCCAACAGUCCUGAAGACAAGGAAAUGUGAACACCACAAGGAAACAAGAACAACAACAACAGGGGGAAGAAACAGACUUCUUCUUGUGCUGCUCGACGAUUUAUUUAGAAAAAACAUACAAUUGUUGGAGCAGUGACGUCAUGGAUGCCAAAACUUCAGGUGACAAGACCUACACUUACACUACCUGUGUGUGUGUCGAGCCGUCAUCUGAUGACGAGGAUCGGGUCUCGCAAGGGCAUCCUUCCGUGCUGAAGCCCAUCUUCCAGACGCCACCAGAAGCUCCAAUGAAUGAUUCUCUCCUGCAACCCCUUAACGAUGAGGUCCACCUCCCUGUAGCCUCUCCUAACGACAGUCUCGAAAAACUUUCAGAAGGCGAGGGUCCGCUGCUUGGUAUACAGGAACCGGCUCGCACUAGGCGCUACCGUCUUGCUAAACAAGUGUUGAUGUUCUUGGGCGUGUCAGUGAGCCAUAUAGCUCAGCUGGGGAUGACUCUCACCUGGCCCAAUGUCCUCGCCUCCGACUUCCAGCACGACAACACCACCAUUUACGGCUCCAGUCUCCACCUCCAGGACUGGCAGAUGGACAUGAUGGGUAGCAUGGUGUACAUUGGGUCGUUGCCAGGGUACGUGGUGGCAGGGUGGCUGGCCCGGCGGCAGGGUCGGCGCUGGUCUAUGGUGAUGGCGACUGUGCCUGGACUGCUGGGCUGGGGACUCAUCGCCCUCAGCCUCAACACCCACAUGAUCAUCGUCGGGAGGUUCCUGACGGGCUUGGCGAUGGGCCUGGCAACUGUGUCUGUGAGGAUCUACCUGGCGGAGAUCGCCGACACAGAGAUCCGGGGCGCCGCUGGCAUGAUUGCCUCAGCUAUGCUCGAGUUCGGAGGUCUGGUCACAAUAAGUGUGGGUAUGCUGCUGCCAUGGUACCAUAUAGCCUUCUUGGUCAUUGUAAUACUUCUCACCUUCUGUGUUUUCAUAGCACCGUUCCUACCUGAGAGUCCCAUGUACUUGGCCAUCAGCAACAGGGAUGCGGAAGCGCGGCAGGUGUUGCUCAGUCUUAGGGGAAACUACGUCGAUCUCGACAAAGAAAUUAGCCUCCUCAAAGAAGAGAACAAGCAAGUUGAAGGUCGCUAUAGUUGGGACGCUCUACUUAAGCCCUUCAUUCUGAAACGCAUCUUGAUAGUCACCGGCAUCUUCUGCAUCUCUAACUUCUGCGGCACCGAAGUCAUCCGAGCCAACGUAACUAGAAUGCUGCAGACGACGGGCAUGGCCCUCAACAAGGACCUGAGCACCAUCUUGGUAUUUGUGUUGACCCUAGGGGGCAACUUGACCAUGACGAUGACUAUUGACCGCCUAGGACGUCGGCGGUGUCUGGUGGCGUCGCUGGCGCUGCUGGUGGUUGCCUACAGCGUCCUUGGCUUAACUAUUUGCCUGACGCAAAGCCCUGCUGUCCUUUACGACACCUCCAGCGCGCCCGGACAAGGUGUCGAGUACUCCCAGGAUGCUGGGCAUAGCAGGGCGUUGGCAGUAGAGGACUGGUUGCCAGCCGCAUGUCUCAUGGUGGCAGCUCUUGCCAUAAGCCUCGGGGUUGGACCCAUUCCCUGGGUUGUCUCUCCUGAGUUCUUCCCAACAGCAAUCAGGUCCCAGGCAAUGAGCGUGUGCACCAUCAUAGGCUGCCUGAUAGCUGUGAUUCCCCUGCAGCUGUAUAGCCUCAUGCAGGCUAUACUGACGCAGGCCGGCCUCUACUGGACGUACGCGUGUGUUUCUAUGUUGGGCAUCAUCUUCACCAUCACCUGCGUCCCGGAGACCGGCAGGAAGAAGAUAUGGUGAUGGUGACGCUAGAGGAGUAUGUAAGGGAACGGUAGAUCCGGUGAUGAAGUCUUGAGAACAGGGACGGGGAUAGUAGAUCUGGUGGUAGUGAAGCUAGUAGGACAGAAAGGGGAAAUCUGAUGAUGGUGACCAAAAUGGUCAAACUUGACUGUGCCACCGCCACCCACUGGAUGGGUAUGUGAUGCAUGAUGGACAAAUGAAUGUAGCAUUCAAUUAAUUUACCAUAUAUGUAAAUUAUUUAGCUUCAAAAUCACCGGGGUCCAAUUUCUGAACCCAUUACGAGGCUGCAACCUUUCUGCCGCCUGCCACAGGCUGGGUAAAGAAGCCCAUAACGAGACAAAAGGUGCCACAUCAGUACGAAGCAGCGAGAAUAAACUAAAGGAACUGAGCCUGAGGCCACUGGAGGAGAUAAACACCAGUUGAGACAUGAUAAGGCUGUAGGGAGCACUCAGGGAAACGGUCAGGGUGGAUUGCGAUAGACAGGUUGACUGUGAUAGAUUGGCCAACUGUGAUAGAUUGGUUAACAGUGAUAUAUUGGUUGACUGUUUAAAUGUUGUAGACUGGUUGACGAGGACUGGACCAGAGCCAGGGAAGAUGAAUGAGUUAUUAAGACAAGCACACCAGGCAGCCAAAAGGGCAUGAGGUGUAGUCUAGAAACACACACACACACACACACACACACACACACACACACACACACACACACACACACACACACACACACACACACACACACACACACACACACACACACACACACCUUCACCGUUGUGUCACGUCUGGCUAUAGUGGCGUGCCAUAGAUAUUUGUGAAGACUUUGCGACUACGGUUAAAUAAAUAAUAUCAAAAUAUUUUAAAAAUACAUUUUGUUUUUGGCAA